AUGGCCCAUUCACUCCGACGCUCGACGCGCAACCGCGGCGCAUCUGGCAGUGUCAACGCCUCAGGCUCUGAGUAUGAGGACGAUGCCGAGGGCGAAGUUGACGCUGUUGGCGAGGACGACGACGAAGCUACAUCCCCACCACCGACGAACAAGACGCGCGCGUCGGCGCGCCGCACAACAAAGCAGGAGCCCGACGAUGAGGACGACUUCCGCGAGCCGGAGCCCGAGGUCGAAGCAUACCAGUCCUCCCGUGGCCGACGAAUUCUGCGGCGCAAGGUCGUCGAGAGCAGCGAUGGAGAGGCCAUGGACGACGCGCCCCAGGCUGCGGGCGAUCUCUUCGCGAACGACGCGAGCACGUCGUCGCGCCGCAGCACGCGCGCCAAGUCGCGUCAAGUGCAGGACGAUAACGAUGAGGAUGACGGGCCCCCGCGCCGCUAUCAGACGCGCCGCGCUGCUGCGAGCCGGCAGAUGUCGAACUUCAUUGUCUCGGACAGCGAGGAGCACGAUGACGAGGGUCAACACGGCCGGUACAACAUGCGGUCGCGCAAGCCGCCACCGCGGCCGGCGCGCGCGAAUGGGACCGCGGCCAAACAGCCUCCGGCGCGUCCGAAUACGGCUGCUGGUCGUGCUGCACGCGCCGCGCGACGUAGCCAGAAUCGCGAUCACGACUACAUGGACCAGCCCACCUCACCCACGUCAGCUGACGCGGAGGGCGACAUCGACAUGGAGGAUGGACCAGAGGACUUGCACAUCGACAUGGUCGAUCAUCCCGAGAAAGACGACGACGAAGAGGACGAGUCGAAUGGACGGACAUAUUCACUACGUCAACGACAAAGGAUCAACUACGCCAUCCCACCACCACUCGAAGAGCUACCGCGUCCACCCCCGAGAAACGCCAACCGCGACACGUAUCGGAGGAACAGGCCCAAGCCCAAGGGUCUUGGAUGGAGUGCGACGGGCGCUGAGCUUGGGAGGUGGAUGGGUAUGGGCGGGGACGAUUCGGAUUCCGACAACCCUACGAGAACACCAGGCAAGCGCUUCGGCGCUGCAGCGCCAGCGGGAUCCUUCGGCAGUGCUGCCGUUGCCGGGACGAGCGGAGGAUACUUGCCAGCCGAUCUGGCAGCAGGUACCCCGUCAAACUUUGGGAAAGUGGGGGAUGCAGCCCUCGCGGAUGCGGAUCCCCUUGGUGUCAACCAGAACGUGACCUUCGACGAAGUUGGCGGUCUCGAUGAACACAUCCAUUCGCUCAAGGAGAUGACUCUCCUCCCGCUCCUGUACCCCGAAGUCUUCCAACAAUUCAAAGUCACCCCUCCCCGCGGUGUCCUCUUCCAUGGUCCUCCCGGCACCGGAAAGACCCUCCUCGCCCGCGCUCUCGCCGCCAGCAGUCGCACCGGCGAUCGCCAAAUCACCUUCUACAUGCGCAAGGGCGCCGACAUCCUGUCCAAAUGGGUCGGUGAGGCCGAACGUCAACUCCGUUUGCUCUUUGAGGAGGCGAAGAACACCCAACCAUCCAUCAUCUUCUUCGACGAGAUCGACGGCCUGGCGCCCGUUCGGUCGUCGAAGCAAGACCAGAUUCAUGCGUCCAUUGUCAGCACGUUGCUCGCCCUGCUCGACGGUAUGGACGGGCGCGGCCAGAUCGUCGUCAUCGGCGCAACUAACCGCCCGGAUGCGCUUGACCCUGCGCUUCGGAGACCAGGACGCUUCGAUCGCGAAUUCUACUUCCCCUUGCCGGGGUUGGAAGCGCGGGAGAAGAUCCUCAGCAUCAUGACCAGGGAGUGGAAGGGCUGGGAUGGCGAGGAGGGCAAGGAGCGCCUUGCAGGUCUGGCGAAGCUGACGAAGGGCUAUGGCGGCGCGGACCUGCGUGCGCUGUGCACGGAGGCGGCGUUGAAUGCGAUUCAGCGGAAGUACCCGCAGAUCUACAAGACGAAGGACCGGUUGUUGCUCAAGCCGGAUGAGAUACGGGUGGGGUUAAGAGAUUUCAUGCUUUCGAUCAAGAAGAUCGUACCGUCGUCACAACGUUCAUCGGCUUCGGUUGCGCAACCUUUGCCUGCGCAGUUCACCCCGUUGCUUGGCGGUGCGCUGGACAAGGUGAAAGGUGCGAUUACGAAGGCGAUGCCUUUGGACAAGAAGACGAGUGCUCUGGAGGAGGCGGAGUACGAGGAUUACCUUGGCGAAGAGGGUGACCUGGAGCGGGAGAUGAAUAUGCAAUCCAUGCAAACUCUACGACUGCAUCGGCCGCGGGUCAUCGUGUACGGGCAACCUGGUAUGGGUCAACGGUAUAUCGGCGCCGCAGCUCUGCAUCAUCUCGAGGGCUACAACGUGCAGAGCCUUGAACUGGGUUCGCUACUCAGUGACUCCACUCGGACUGUCGAAGCCGCCAUCGUUCAACUCUUCGUUGAGGCGAAACGCCAUCAACCCUCGGUCAUCUACAUACCCUCGCUCGAAGUCUGGUCCUCUGCCGUCUCCGACACGGCGAAGUCCACUGUGCGCGCUAUGCUGGACACACUGUCGCCCAACGACCCCAUCUUGCUCUUGGGCGUCAUGGACGGCAAGUGGAAGUCCGUGCCGCGCGAAGUGCGCGAGUGGUUCGGGCCUGCGAAGGAGUUCCGCAUCGAGCUGUCCACGCCUGGACCAGACGAACGUACCGCCUUCUUCGCGCCUUUGCUCGAGGACAUUCGCCGUCCGCCACACAAGUUCGCCGAUGGUGUAAAGCGGAAGAAGCGGGUGCUGGAGGAGUUGCCGAUUGCGCCGCCGCUAGAGCCGAGGAAGCCGACCGAGGCUGAGCUGAGGAUGCAGCUGGAGAACGACAACAGGGUCAUCUCCCUGUUGAAAUACAGGCUGGACCCCAUCCUGAUUCAGCUCAAGCGGAAGUUCAAGAGGUUUACGAAGCGGGCGACAGACGAGUACGACUUUGAUGCGCAGCCCCCUCAGCCAGCACCGCAGCCAGUGCAGCAGCAGGUCGAGCAGAGCGUUGAGGUCCAUCAGCACCCCAACGGUGUCAUCGAGGUUACAGAGCAGCGCGAAGAAGUGCAGACCACCGCAACAAAUGGCAUGGAAGGCAUCGUUGAGCAGCAACAACCUGCUCCGCCUCCGCCUCCGCCGCCUCCACCUCGCCUCUACGACAUCGACCUCGAGCGAAUGCACACGGAGCUUUACCGCGGGCGUUAUCUCACGCCGCAGGACUUCCUCGACGACGUUGGCCGUAUCGUACACAACGCGGACGUCCGUCAGCAUGAAGACCUGGAGCGGUUACACAAGGCUCAAGCCAUGUACACCGCUACGGAGGUCAGCAUCCAGGAGUUCGAGCCGUCCUUCCGUAUGGAGUGCGAGCGUAUGGCAGCGCGCGAGAGGCAGCGGCGAAAGGAGGAGCGCAGGGCGAGCAAGGAGCGAGAGGACAAGGAGAGGGCGGAGCAAGAGAAGCUGUCGACGCCUCCGCGUCGGAGUAGCGCUCGCGCGAACGGACUGCAGCCGGAGGUGGAAAUCACGGACCCGGUGCAGCUUGAGCGGCGGCUGAAGCGGGCGCGCAACAGUGCGGAGGUUGGCGCGCAGGAGGAUGGCUCGGAGCACAGCAGCAAGAGGGCGCGGACGCGGGAAGAUAGUCCGGACGAACUGAACAUGCUGCCGGCUCCUACGGCGCACGGUGUUCGCUUUGCGAAUGAGGGAGAGGGGAAGGUCACACCUGUUCCCUACGAUAUGGGUCCUCAGGUGCAGGCUCAGCAGGCGUAUCCCAACCAUGGCCAACCGUUCCAGCAAGGUCAGCCGUAUCAGCAGCAAGGCGGCUUCGAUGGUUCUGCGUUCCCUUCGCAGGGUCUACCGUACGACCAACUCCGUCAGCCCCAGGGACAGUAUGGGCAGCCCUCGUUCCCAAUGGAGAAUGCCUACACUCAACAUGGCGCGUACGCCAAUGGCUUCCCGCAACAAUCGCAAGGGCAAUUCGGUGGAGGGAAUCCAAAUGGCUUCGUCGCCGAGCCGAUGCCGCAGCGUAGUCAAGGCUUUGACCCUGCGUUGCUCAACCCUGCACCAUACCACCACCAACCACAUCCCUCUCUGCAGCCCAACACGUUCCAAGACCACUCGCAGAUGCAUCCGAUGCAGAAUCAGUUAGGGCCGAUGUCGAGCAACGCUUUCGGCCAACCGUCGUUCGUGCAGCAGCAGCCCUUCCAACAGAACUCCGAUGCGUUCAUGCAAAACAGCGGUCAUCCCUCGCUUGCCACCACGCCGGUUAACGUUGGCAACGUGGAGCCCGUGGAGCCCUUCCAGUCGCAGCCGAUCUCGUCGAUGCACUCCCGCCAUGGCUCUGUAGUACCUUCGCCGGUGUCGCAGGCGGGCCCCUCGUACCCGAUGUCGAGGAUUUCUCCCAUGCCCCAUGCGCAAUCCCCAUUGCGUUCGGCGGGGGCUAUGAGCCGAACUUCAUCGCGGGGUUUCGUACCUGAUAGGACAUCUGUUCCCCGCGACGUGCCUCAAUCUUCAGUCGCUGCAUUGCUCAACGAGCCUACGUCGCGGCCGGCGUCUGGACAGAACGUGCCUUCACAAGAGACGACCCGUCAAUCACCCGACGUGCCGAUGGUGGUAGUCGAGCGCACUCCGACGCCUCUGCCGGAUUUCGUGGUCGACGAGGCGCGAGUCGAGCGGCUGAGAGAAGAGUUACGAGACAGGACGGGACCUUUGAACGUCGAGCAGCUGGAGCACCUGCGUGCUGCGUGCCUGCGCGCCGUGUGGCAGCAUAGGACCGAGUGGGACCGAGGGGCGCUCCUGGACGAGCUGAAUGAGCUUCUAAAUAGUUAUCUGCAGGACGUUGUGGACGAUGAAGAUGACUACGAUGGCCUCGGCUAA